AUGGCACCACAGACUGCUAUCCCCCCAUCCCUUCCACCCUCUGUCGAGGAAGCGUACCGACGAAAAUGCGUCCAGCUCAAGAACCGCACAAACGAAGUUGAGGAGGCCAACGAUGCCGCCAGGCUUAGACUGACGCGCAUCAAGCGCCAAGUAGAGAAAAUGCGCAUCGAGCGCGCAUUUCUCCUCGAGCAGCUUUCCAAGCGCACAAGCGCCAAUGUGGAGGACUCUGAAGGCAGCCCCAGCCCGCCACCCACACCCAAGGAUAAGCCCCUGCGCAUAAAGCGUGGCCACCGAAAGGUGUCCACCAUUGCCGAGGACGGCAAAGAGGACGGCGGCCCCGAGUCGCCGACACAGGAAGCUAGUGGCAGCGCGCGAGGCAGUAAGCGAGCCAAGACGGCCAACGGCGUCCGGAAACCGAAGAAACCCGCGAACGCCGCCAAUCUGGCCUUUGAGCUCUUCUGCGACGAGACGCGGCCCAUCCUGGAGGCCAAGAGCGUCGACGACGGCAACAUCCUGGAAGAGCUCGUCAAGGGCUGGGAGGACCUCGCCGAGGAGGACAAGGAGUCGUACCGGAAGAAGGCGGCGGCGACGGCGGCUAAGAGUGCGGACAAGGACGGCGAUGACAAGGAGGGGUCUCCCGAGGCCGACGCGGCGCCCGAGAAGGAGGCCAACGACGACAAGGACGACGACAAGGACGACGACAAGGAUGACGACAAGGGCGACGACGGUGACGAUAACAAGGGCGACGGCGAAGAUGAGGACGUGGAAAUGGCCAACUACGAUUCGGAUGACCAAGAGACACAGAUGGACUAA